CCCCCCGCCGGGCGCCGGCUUUAUAUGCGGGGCGGCGCGGGCGGCACGGCGCUCCCCGGUACCCAGCACCAGCACCCGGCCGCCAUGGUCGAGGCUUUCUGCGCGACGUGGAAGCUGGUGGACAGCCACAACUUCGACGAGUACAUGAAGGCGCUGGGAGUGGGGUUUGCUACACGGCAGGUGGGAAAUGUGACAAAACCCACUGUGAUUAUCAGCAGCGAGGGGGACAAAGUAGUGAUCAGGACUCAGAGCACUUUCAAAAACACAGAAAUCAGCUUUAAACUUGGAGAGGAAUUUGAUGAAACUACCCCAGAUGAUAGAAACUGCAAAUCUGUUGUAACCCUGGAUGGAGACAAGCUAGUUCAUGUACAGAAGUGGGAUGGCAAAGAGACAAACUUUGUUAGAGAAAUAAAGGAUGGCAAAAUGGUAAUGGUGAGUAUAAAAAUCACUGAACAUCUAUGUACACCACUAACAUCAUUAUCUCAAACUUUGUCAGCUUUGUGGGUAAAUGUAAACUUGUUUCAAUGGUAUGGGGGCUGGAUUCUUUUUUAUUUUGGACUGUUUCAGCCUCCAUGUGCUUAAGCAGCAUCUUCUGUCCUUUGGUUUUAUUUGCUCAUUUAAACAUCAGUUUCAGCUUUCAUUCAUCUCACCCCAUCUCUGCCUAUCUGCCCAUGUGUAUAUUCAUCACACUGGCUGUGGUCCUUGCCACCUCUCUGCAGAGAUGGGAACAGCUGCUUUUACUUCAUUACUGAGGAACACAGACUUGGGUCUCCAUCAGUGGCAUUCAUCUUUGUGACAAGUGGUUUAUGGGGCAUGAAGUGAAAAAAAAGAAAAAAAAGUUUAAAUCAAAUAUGAGACAAAGAACACCAAGACUGUUAAAACUUGGUUUACACAUAAAGCCUGAAUGUU